CUGGCCUCUCGUUCAGUCUACUUCAGUUGAAGCUUUUCAGGCCAAUUAUAUUUGGGUCAUAUUAUAAUUUCCUCCACUAUCUUGUUCUAGGCAGCUUUUGCAAAGUUUUUCGACCCCGCUAUGGACUCUUCACAAUUCCGCGAGGCGGGUAAGGGAGCCAUUGAUGAGAUUGCGGAUUACUAUGAUACAUUGGCAGAAAGACCAGUUCUUCCCUCGGUCGCGCCUGGCUACUUGCGUCCCCUCAUCCCAGCAUCUGCCCCCGAAGAAGGCGAAUCAUGGGACAAAAUCCAGUCCGACAUCGACCGCGUCAUCAUGCCAGGUCUGACGCACUGGCAGUCUCCCAAAUUCAUGGCUUUCUACCCCUGUAACUCUUCCUUUCCGGCCAUGUUGGGUGAUAUGUAUAGUGGCGCCUUCAAUUCAGCAGCUUUCAACUGGAUAUGUUCACCUGCCGUCACGGAGCUGGAAACUGUGGUCAUGGACUGGGUGGCCAAGCUGCUAGCAUUACCAGACGUUUUCCUGAGCGAUGGAGAAGGAGGCGGCAUCAUCCAAGGGACAGCAAGUGAAGUCAUCGUCACAGCACUCGUCGCAGCGCGAGAGCGAGUCGUACGCCGCCGACUGAGAGACAUGCCAGAAGGCGAAGAAAAGCUAGACAAAGCCGCAGAUAUAAGAGGAAAACUAGUAGCUCUUGGGUCCGAACACGCACAUUCGUCUACUCAAAAGGCAGCCAUCAUCGCUGGUACACGGUUCCGCUCCGUGUCCGCUCCCAAAGACACAAACUUCUCUGUCACAGCAGCUGCAUUACGAAAGACUAUCGAAGAAUGUCGCGCUAAAGGCCUUGAGCCGUUUUACUUCACUGCUACGCUCGGUAGUACAGGAACGUGCGCGGUUGACGACCUCGCUGGCAUUGCUGAGCUCACAAAGGACUACCCUGAUUUAUGGAUCCACGUCGACGCCGCGUAUGCCGGGUCUACACUCGUCUGCCCAGAGUAUCAGCACUUAUGCCCACCGCUAGCGGCAUUCGACUCGUUCAACUUCAACUUGCACAAGUGGUUGCUUGUGAACUUUGACUGUUCGGCCUUCUUCGUCAAGAAGAGGAAAGACUUGAUGGACACGUACAGCAUCACACCGAGUUACCUGCGAAACCCCCAUUCAGAAAGUGGAAUGGUGACUGAUUACCGCGACUGGCAGAUACCGCUGGGCAGGCGAUUCCGGAGUUUAAAAGUCUGGUUCGUAUUGAGAAGCUAUGGCGUCAGCGGUCUGCGCGCUUUUAUCCGGAAACAUGUGAAGCUAGGCGAGUAUUUCAACGAGCUGCUCGAAUCUCGGUCAGACAUCUUCAGCGUCGUCACCAAGUCAGCUUUCGGGUUGGUAACUUUCUGCGUUAAGCCUACACCGCCCCACUCGGCUGUCGCCAAUGCCAACCAACCGAAUCCUGGUCACGAGGCGUAUUUGAAUGACUUCACGCCUACCGCUGAAGCGCAGUAUCAGGAAGAUGCGAAUCAGAAGACGAAGGAUGUAUAUGAAAAAAUCAACUCCAAGGGCGAAUUCUUUCUUACGAGCUCCGUGGUUUGCGGCCAGUACAUCAUUCGAGUAGUAAGCGCGACGACGCUGGCGGAAGAGAAGUAUAUGAAGCAGGUGUUCGAUGCGCUUGUUGAGGCCGUGGAGGAAGGGCAGGGCCAGUAAUAACGAGAUGGCGGCGGAUGAUGUCGAGGUACGCGAUGUGAGCUAAACGAAUAUCGACGAAGAUUAUAAUAUUCAAUCCGAGUUCAAACAAAACUUCGCCUUCACCAUUACUACUCUUGGUAACUAUCUUGUGUUAUUAUUGUGUAAGCUCGAGGAUCUAGAAGCGUGGCGAAAGGCAGAAGUACUACUAAAAUCCAGGACCGAAAUGAAC